UGCGGGCUGCACCCCGAGGGGACGGGCACGGGGACACGGGCAGGGGGGGCUGCGGACCUGAGCCCCUCGGGGGCAGCUGCACAGCAGCUUCCAACUCCAAUGCAGCAGCGGCGAGGGGGGUGGGGGGGCCGAGGGCUGGACUGCAUCACCGGAGAAAUGUUUAGCCCCGUAGGUCUUUAAAGAGCGCUCGGUGCCCGGUGCUGCACGAACCGGGCUCUGUCGGCGGAGUUUGUAGGAACAAAGACGCCAUGUCCUUUUCUCUUAAAAAUAAAACUUGGUGUUUUUUUUUUGUGGGGUGUUGGCUUUUAACUCCUUAUAAGCCAGUAAGAAAAAAAUAGGCUGCGGAUGAGACAGCUUAUUACUUACUGAAACAAUAGAUAGAAAUUUACUUCACUUGAAAAACAGUAGUUCAGGUGCUAAACUUUAAAGAAAACUCCGAAGAAUUGAAUCCAAUAUAAUUUCGCAGUUAAAGUGGCAAUGCAAAAACUUAGAAGCAUAAGAAAAAAAGCAAAAGUCAUGCCAAGUCUACAGUUUAAAGUUAGCAAAAUACUACAGUUGUGAUUUAGACUAUAGCAGGAGAAGCAAAGGUAGUUGGUUAAAUAUGAAUUACACGAUAGGGGUUUGUCUGUGACAGUGAAAGCUUUUAAAAAGCGUUUAUUAGGUGACAGUUUUGUUUUUAGUAUUCAGUUUAUGCGUUUUUCAGAGAUCUUGCAGUCGUUUCUGUUUAUAUGGCAUUUUUAUCGUUGUUUAGUCGGUUAAUAAUUUAGAAGUUGUACAACACCUAUUGCGAGACUUUCUAAAAAUGCGAGUUUAAAUGGAAUGUUUUGUUUUGCAUUGGCUCGCAUUCAACAAUUACCUAUUUAGGGGCAAAAUUGUAAUUCCAAAUGCAUAGAAAGUCGCUCCAGUAAAGCAGGAGGUAAAUAUUAAAUAGGGAACUUCAAUUUUAAUUGGUGAUUGUGUAUAGCUGUAUUUAAAGGACUUAUUUCUUGUAUAGUUGUACAAGGUUAUAAAACUCCGUGCAGGUUUUAAAUACUGCGGUUUGAGGUAAAUCUACAUUUUCGGUUCUUCACUGAAAAUACGAAUCUAUCAUUUCAACAAUUAAGUUCUCUUUUUUUGAGGUAGAAAUAGAAGUUUGAGCAGCCAUUGGAGUUCUAUCACCUUUAUGCAAAGUGUUUGGUGUCUUUAUUUUAGAUUCGGAUUAUAGUGGUUUUAUAACCCCAGCAACAGUUCUGUAGUGUAGAACAGGUUCUGACAUGCACACUUUGCUGAAAAGAAAGUUCUAGCUUUAGGUGGGGGGCUCCUGUAUUUUUAUUUUUUAUUUUUCAAUAUAUUAGGGGACUUUUUUGAGGUAGUUUUGAGUUGUUUUUUAGCUACUGAAAUCAAUAUGGCAGUUGUCUUUGGAAAGAAUUCGUUUUAAUUUUUCGUAUAUUUAGUGAUUCUGCAUUUUUAUAUAUAUAUAUAUAUAUAGGGUGCUGGAGUUUUAAUUUGGAUAUUUUAUCCUGUAACAUUGACAUAGUAUUAAAAUUACCUGCAUAUUAACAGAAUGAUUUUUGAACUUACUCUCGAGUAUGAAGUAAUGGUGGUAAAUAUAACCGCUGCAAAAUUCAAGGUUAAGCCUUUUCACAAAAGCGAGAGAAGUUGACUAAAGGUAAUGCAAAUACGGUGUUCCUUGUCUUGAAGAGCAUAGCUUUGGGAUCUCAUUAAAGGUCAAAGGACCUGAAGGUUUUAAACUAUUUGAAAGGGCAAUAAAAGAUACCUUAUUUGGGGAGAUCGAGUAACUUGUGACUUAAAAUUCACAGAAGCUGAUGACAGAAGCCAUUUUAAAAUCUCCAGCAAUAGCAAAAUAAUUUCAUUUAAUUUUGCAUAGGCUACUUCUUGAGACUUUAAUGUGAAAGAAGUAGAGGGACUGAGAGGCAUUGUGCAAUAAAUUCCUUCUAAGGAAAAAUUAAAUUGGCUAGGUAUUUAAUCGUGUGCCCAAAGUGAUGGGAGACAGGAGAGCAGAUCAGAGCUAUUCAUGCAAAAACACAGAUCAUGCAUGUUGUAUGUCAGUCACUCUUCAUCUCCAAUGUUUUUCUUAGCCAAGUAUGUACAGCCACCCGUACUUUUAUUUUUAGAGUUGAGUUCUAAAGAUACAGUUACUGCUAUCGUAGAAUUCCAUGAACAAUACCUUAGUUCCUGAGUGGCUUCCAGAAGAAUCGUUCGUACCUUAUUUUCUUAGGGUAGUACUGGAUAUUUUUGUUACUUCCAAAGAUUCAGAUGGCUGGUCAAGUAAAAGACCUUGAUCAAAAUUCAGUACUGUGCACACCAGAUGUGUUGAGGAAUUUACUGUAAGCAAAAUAACUGCUCUUGGUUGAAGCACUGAAUCCAAUCAGAUGAAGAGUGUCAAAAGGAGUCUGCGAAUGAGACCAAGAUGGCAUUUCCACUGUUGAUUGAGAGGUUGAGGAAAUGGACUAAUGCAUGAGUGCUGUGAUAUAUCUGUCUAAGAAAAGGACGUUAAAACAUGGACUCCCGUGUUAUUAAACCAGAGAAGAUCUGGGUUGUGAUCAUCCGAUCAAAAUGGACUUUGCACUUGAAUUAAUCAGGGGACUGUAUCAGUGACAAUCCAGUGAUGGAUCUGUUUGAGGAUCGGGUGGCAAAAAUUUAUUCCCAGGUUAUGUAUGCAUAAGAGGGAAAUGAAUUUGGUAAGAGAUCUGCUGCUACCUAUUUGGAGAAAAUGUAUUUUUUUUAAAAGUGAUUUAAUAAAAGGCUUUGGUUUCUUCCAUGCUUCGUGUUUGUCCUUUCUGGCUGAAUCUUUUUUUUAUUGUGUUGAUAUUUAAGUGUCUUACACUUUUGGUUGGUAUGAAAGUAAGAAAUACUUUAGCUGCCAAGCACUAAAGGCAAGGUAAUUUUCUUUUAUAUUCUUGAUUUUUUAAAAAUGUGGUUUUCAUUUACAAAUUAUCUUCACUUUGCCGUGACUUCUAAUGAAUUUUUAUUCUCUGGUUUGUUCAUUCAGGUGCUUAAUGUUAGGCGUUUUUCAGUACUUGGUGUGUUGUCAGGGUACUUCUGCUAAACUUUCUGAAGUUAUUUUAAGGUGGAAUCAAUAUUAUUUGAAGGCGUAGCAAAUAUGAUAUAAUAAAGGAGUACUUAAAUAUUUUGUGUAAGUUUUUUAGGUAUGCUGAUUCAGUCGUGUAUGUACAGAAACUUUCACCAGAUUUCCUGGGCAACAUACUUCCUAAGCAGUCUGUUCUGUCUUAAAUUUGUUCUGUACAAGUGUCUAAUCUCCUUCACCGCUAUUUAAUGUAGGCUUAGCUGCCUGGUACCAUAGCGUGUAUUCGAUGAGAAAAAUUGAGGUAAUUUUCUUAUUGCUACAGAUGAUGGUCACCUUUACAAAUGAAUUUUAAAAUGGUUAUGUUUAAAAAUAGAUAUUUUUAACUUUCUUGUGGAUGAAAUAGUUGAAACAUAACCACCUUCCUAAGUACAUUUUACCUGAAAUUUAUGGUUGUCUUUGUCAUUUUGGUUUUCUAGCAAAAGACAAAGCUGGUGCUGAGAACCUAGGCAAGGUUGUUUCUGUUCUUUAAAAAAGGCAAAAAAAAUCCCCAAAUGUUGUGUGUUUAGCCCUUUGGUUUCCUCAGUUGUCUUUGUAAAUAACCGACCUUAACCAUAAUGAAUUGUUCGUAUUUGUUUAAUCCAGCUAUUUUGAUGAUUGCUGAAAUUUCUUUGCUAUGCGUUCUAUGGUGGUGUUGGAUAUUGGGACCAACCUAAAGGGAGCCAUGUUCAGAGGAACGGAUUUCUUUAGUGUUAGCCAAAAUUGCUUGGAAUUUGAUGUUGUAUUUUUUGGUUCUUGCAGUUUAGGCCUAGGGGUCUUCCUGUAAAUAAUUGCUAAACGGAAAUUGUGUAAAAUGGACUGUGAUGACGGAGCGUGCCUUCUCGAACCUCUUGGAAUGGAGACGUGAUAGGUUGUUGGGAGACGUGGAUGGCAAGCGUGUAGAGGAGUUGAAAGGAUCUUGGUUCAGCUGGUAGAAGCCAAUGGUUCCAAGCUGUUGGGAUGCUGUGCGGUGGAUGGACCUCAUAGAAGUCUGAGCUAGCCCAUGACCCUCUUCCCCCCAGCAGUCCCCCGGUGGCUGAUCUCAUUGUCGUGGUGUGAUGCCUACGAGUACGCAGGAUGUCCUCGUGCUUUAGGUAGUUGCUUGAGGGAACACAAAUGGUGGUCAGAACGCAGGAGGUCAGGGGAUGCUUGGACUUCCUCCAUGAUUGCUCCUCUCAGUACUGGGAUGAUGAACAUGGGAUAUGGCUUGGAUUUCUACGUCUCCAUCUUGGCUAUUAUGUGGUUUUAAAAAUCGUUUGUCUUGUUAAAAAUCUCUCAAUGAACAUUAAUGGGUUAAGAAUGGAAAUUGGAAAUCGCCCUUUUAAUGGUGCCAGACUUAUUUUACAGCAGUGCCUUCGCAUAUCUGAUGAAAAUUGCGUAGCUGUUGGAUUUUUGUUGUUGGGCAGAACCACUAGGGAGGCGCUGUCGAGCUGGAAGGGGUUGUUAGUGCUGUGGGGCUUUCUUAGGAGCAUGUGAGGCUCCUGUCCCAAGCUCUGCAUGCAAGUAUUGGGUGACAAAAGGAAGAGCUAUUAUCUGGGGAUACUAUUACUUAACUUAAAAAAAGCUGCCCCUUGGGUGGGGUGACCCCCAAGGUGGGCUGUUGCUGGCUGCAUGGCUGUGAGCUCCACUUCCAUUCUUUCAAAAUGGCUUGUAACAGCACCACUUCCUGUCCAGGGAGGAAGUAAUUUUAGCCCAAGCAGUGAAAUAUUUAGCAAAUCUUUAAAACAAAAGGCACAAAUUACAUUCCUUUCUGGUUUCAAAAGGGUGCCUGAGCCACAUGGGGUUAAGGUGCCCCUUCAGCUGGGGUAGUUGGAAGAAGCCAGGGCUGUGGGGGGUAGCAGGCACCCUUUAGGUGGAGGCUCUCUCUUUUUUUGGUAGAAAUGAAGGGGUGGGUCUAUGGUACAUCACCUGAGUUGUGGGGUAAAUGUAGAGAGUGUCAAUCAAAGGCAGAGCUCAGAGCUGGGAAGGAGCUCUAGAUGGCGGCUGUGCCUUAGAGAGAGCGCGCUCAGCUCCGUGCCUUCCCCAACACUUUACGCAACUUUCCCUAACUUUCGGGCAGCCUCAGGGGGCCCCCACAGCCCCUUGCCUCUCCUAGGCACUAAUUGGGGGCCGAGUGGACCUUUUUCGGGCAGAAAAGCAGCUUUUGAGGGCUCCCUUUUCGUGCCUUGCUGGAAAGAAGAAGCCGUGGAGAGAGCCCAGGUCGUUGUUUUUCCAGCUUAGAAGCCAUGGCGUACCUCCAUUUUUGUGCGCUCUCCUAAUGAGCUUUUUCCCCCGGACAUUUUUGUACUAAUUAUCGCUUCUUUUGCUUUAUCGGCAGCAUAUUUUUGGAAUUAGAAUAUAUAUUUUUUUUCAUUCUUUGAAAUUCGUAUUUUAUCAUUUGAACUCUAAAUAUUUUGGAUCUAAUGUUUUUCCACGACCCGAAACUAAUAUCGACUUGGUCCUGGCGGCGGUGCAUGGAUCAGUAAAUACCUGGGCACAGGACUUCAAAGCAAACAGACACCCCUGGCCCCCUCUUAGUAUUUAAGAAUAAAAAGAUGAUGAGAAAUAAGGACAAAAGCCAAGGAGAGGAGGGUUCAGUCCACAGCAAUGCAUCGAGUCACUCGGCAUCCGAAGAAGCCUCUGGCUCUGACUCUGCAAGCCAGUCUGAAAGCGAGCAGGGCAGCGAGCAGGGCAGCGAGCAGGGCAGCGAGUCAAACAGCAGCUCGGAGUCCUCUGAGAGUCAGUCUGAAUCCGAAAGUGAAUCAACGGGUUCGAAAUCCCAGCAGACCCCUCCUGAAACCAAAGAAAAACCGGCCUCUAAGAAGGAAAGGAUAGCAGAUGUUAAAAAGAUGUGGGAAGAAUAUCCUGAUGUUUAUGGGGUUAGGAGGUCAAACCGAAGCAGACAAGAACCAUCGCGAUUUAAUAUAAAAGAUGAGGCAAGUAGCGAAUCUGAAAAUGAGAGCCCAAAACGAAGAGGCCAGAAGCAAAUGAAAAAAACAAAUAAAUGGAAAAGAGAGGUCUCUGGUGAAGAAGAGGAUGAAGAUGGAGGGGAGCAGGGUACCAGUGCAGAGAGUGAGCCUGAACCGAAGAAAGUUAAAGCAAGAAGACCUGCCCAGAGGAGAACAGUGGCGAAAACCAAUGUUAAAAAGCCUCACAAACCCCAGCGUGGGAAGAAGAGAAAGAAACCGGACUCAUCUGAAGACGACGAUGACGAUGAAGAUGAUGAGACCCCCAAGAGACAAACUCGACGAAGAGCAGCCAAAAAUGUCAGUUACAAAGAAGAUGAUGAUUUUGAGACGGAUUCUGAUGACCUGAUAGAGAUGACUGGGGAAGGAGCUGAUGAACAGCAAGACAACAGUGAAACUAUUGAGAAAGUCUUGGACAUCAGGCUUGGAAAAAAAGGAGCCACUGGUGCUUCCACCACAGUGUAUGCAACUGAAGCCAAUGGCAACCCAAGUGCUGACUUUGACCCUGAAAAGGAUGAGGGAGAAGUUCAGUACCUGAUCAAAUGGAAAGGCUGGUCAUACAUCCAUAGCACAUGGGAGAGUGAAGAGUCCCUGCAGCAGCAGAAAGUGAAGGGCCUGAAAAAGCUAGAGAACUUCAAGAAAAAAGAGGAGGAGAUCAAGCAAUGGCUGGCCAAGGUAUCCCCUGAAGAUGUGGAAUAUUUCAACUGCCAACAGGAGCUGGCUUCAGAGCUGAACAAACAGUAUCAAAUAGUGGAGAGAGUAAUUGCCGUGAAGACCAGCAAGUCUGCGACGGGGCACGCUGACUUCCCAGCAAACAGUCGCAAAACAUCCUCAAAUGACCCUGAAUACCUGUGCAAGUGGAUGGGGCUGCCCUACGCGGAAUGCAGCUGGGAAGAUGAGGCUCUGAUAAGCAAGAAAUUCCAGCACUGCAUUGACAGCUUCAACAACCGUAACAACUCCAAAACAAUUCCUACCCGGGACUGCAAGGUAUUGAAGCAGAGACCAAGGUUUGUUGCCUUGAAGAAACAGCCUUCUUACAUUGGUGGUGAGAACCUGGAGCUGAGAGACUACCAGCUGGAGGGCCUCAACUGGCUCGCUCACUCAUGGUGCAAGAACAACAGCGUGAUCCUGGCUGAUGAAAUGGGCCUGGGGAAGACGAUUCAGACAAUAUCGUUCCUGUCGUACCUCUUCCACCAGCACCAGCUGUACGGCCCUUUCCUGGUGGUGGUACCUCUGUCGACUCUCACCUCGUGGCAGAGAGAGUUUGAAGUGUGGGCACCUGAGAUAAACGUGGUCGUUUACAUCGGAGACCUCAUGAGCAGGAACAUGAUACGUGAAUAUGAGUGGAUCCACUCUCAGUCUAAAAGGUUGAAGUUCAAUGCACUUAUUACAACAUAUGAGAUCCUCCUCAAAGACAAGGCUGUUUUGGGAAGUAUUAACUGGGCCUUUCUAGGCGUGGAUGAAGCCCAUCGGUUGAAAAAUGAUGACUCUUUGCUGUACAAAACAUUGAUUGACUUCAAGUCCAACCACAGGCUGCUGAUCACCGGCACCCCACUUCAAAAUUCACUCAAAGAGCUCUGGUCCCUGCUUCAUUUCAUCAUGCCGGAGAAGUUUGAGUUCUGGGAAGAUUUUGAAGAAGAUCACGGGAAAGGUAGAGAGAAUGGCUACCAGAGCCUUCACAAAGUCCUGGAGCCCUUUCUCCUGCGCAGAGUGAAGAAGGAUGUGGAGAAAUCUUUGCCAGCCAAAGUGGAGCAGAUCCUCCGGGUGGAAAUGUCUGCUCUGCAGAAGCAGUAUUACAAGUGGAUUUUGACAAGAAACUACAAAGCUCUUUCAAAGGGAACACGGGGGAGCACAUCUGGUUUCCUGAACAUUGUGAUGGAGUUGAAGAAGUGCUGCAACCACUGCUACCUUAUCAAACCUCCUGAGGAAAACGAGAGAGAGAAUGGUGUUGAGACCCUGCAGUCUCUGAUCAGGAGCAGUGGAAAGCUAAUUCUCUUGGACAAGCUGCUGACCAGGCUGCGAGACAGAGGCAACCGAGUGCUGAUCUUCUCCCAGAUGGUGAGGAUGCUGGACAUCUUGGCGGAGUACCUGACUAUCAAACACUACCCUUUUCAGCGCUUGGACGGCUCGAUCAAAGGGGAGAUCCGAAAGCAGGCGCUGGACCACUUCAACGCUGACGGCUCCGAGGACUUCUGUUUCUUGUUGUCAACACGAGCUGGAGGGCUAGGAAUUAAUUUGGCCUCUGCUGACACUGUCGUUAUCUUUGACUCGGACUGGAACCCCCAAAAUGAUCUUCAGGCUCAGGCCCGGGCUCACCGCAUUGGACAAAAGAAGCAGGUGAAUAUUUACCGGCUGGUCACAAAGGGUACGGUAGAGGAGGAGAUCAUUGAGAGGGCCAAGAAGAAAAUGGUGCUGGAUCAUUUGGUGAUCCAGCGUAUGGACACCACUGGCCGGACUGUUCUGGACAACAACUCUGGGCGAUCCAAUUCAAAUCCGUUCAACAAAGAAGAGCUGACGGCUAUUCUGAAAUUUGGAGCUGAAGAUCUCUUCAAGGAGCUUGAAGGGGAAGAGUCAGAGCCUCAGGAGAUGGACAUCGACGAGAUUUUGCGUUUGGCUGAAACACGAGAGAACGAAGUGUCCACCAGUGCCACCGACGAGCUUCUCUCGCAGUUCAAGGUGGCCAACUUUGCAACCAUGGAGGAGGAAGAGAUGGAGCUGGACGAGCGGUCCCAGAAGGACUGGGACGAUAUCAUUCCAGAGGAGCAGAGGAAAAAGGUGGAGGAGGAAGAAAGGCAGAAAGAAUUGGAGGAAAUCUACAUGCUGCCUCGCAUCCGUAGCUCGACUAAAAAGGCACAAACGAAUGACAGUGAAUCAGAUGCGGAAACUAAGAGAAGGCUUCAGAGAUCAUCUGGAUCAGAAAGCGAGACUGAUGACACCGAUGACGAGAAGAGACCAAAGCGCAGGGGACGUCCUCGGAGUGUUAGAAAAGAUACCGUGGAAGGAUUUACUGAUGCUGAAAUCCGGAGGUUUAUCAAGGCUUACAAGAAGUUUGGACUGCCUCUUGAACGGCUGGAGUGCAUCGCCCGGGAUGCGGAGCUGGUGGAUAAGUCUGUAGCUGACCUGAAGCGGUUAGGGGAGCUCAUCCACAACAGCUGUGUGUCAGCAAUGCAAGAAUACGAGGAGCAGCUGAAAGAAAAUCCAAGUGAAGGGAAAGGACCUGGGAAAAGAAGAGGUCCUACUAUCAAGAUCUCUGGUGUCCAAGUCAAUGUGAAAUCCAUCAUCCAGCAUGAAGAGGAGUUUGAAAUGCUGCACAAAUCCAUCCCCGCAGACCCAGAGGAAAGAAAGAAGUACCGCCUGACGUGCCGUGUCAAAGCUGCCCAUUUUGAUGUAGACUGGGGAGUGGAAGAGGAUUCUCGCUUGUUAGUGGGAAUUUACGAGCAUGGUUAUGGAAACUGGGAACUAAUUAAAACAGAUCCGGAGUUGAAGUUAUCUGAUAAGAUCCUACCUGUUGAGACAGAUAAGAAACCUCAGGGAAAACAGCUCCAGACCCGAGUUGAUUAUCUACUGAAACUGCUGAAGAAGGACCUGGACAAGAAAGAAAACAUGAAAGAUGGGGAAGAGGGCAAGCUAAAGAAGAGGAAACCACGAGUAAAGAAAGAGAACAAGGCUCCCAAAGUCAAGGAUGAGCAUGGGAACGAACUCUCCUCUCCUCGGCACUCAGACAACCAGUCAGAAGAGGGUGAAGUCAAGGAGGACGGCUUGGAAAAGAGCCCAGUGAAAAAGAAACAGAAGAAGAAAGAGAACAAGGAGAACAAAGAAAAACAGACAAGCACUAAGAAAGAAAAGGAAAGUGAUAAAGAGAAGAAGAAGACAAAAGACAAGAAAGAGAAGCCUAAAGGUGGUGAAGCCAAAUCUGGAAGUAAAGGGAAGAGAUCGCAAGGUCCCGUCCACAUUACAGCGGGGAGUGAACCAGUCCCCAUUGGAGAAGACGAGGACGACGAUCUGGACCAAGAAACAUUCAGCAUAUGCAAGGAAAGGAUGAGACCAGUGAAAAAAGCUCUGAAGCAACUAGAUAAGCCUGAUAAGGGACUGACGGUUCAAGAACAGCUGGAGCACACACGCAACUGCCUCCUAAAAAUUGGGGACCGCAUCUCUGAGUGCCUUAAAGCCUACACUGACCAGGAUCUUAUCAAGCUAUGGAGAAGGAACCUAUGGAUAUUUGUGUCAAAGUUCACAGAAUUUGAUGCCAGAAAACUGCACAAACUCUACAAGAUGGCUCAUAAGAAAAGAUCACAGGAAGAGGAGGAGCAGAAGAAGAAGGAGGACAUGUCCAGCAUGAAGAAGCCGUUCCGCCCAGAGCCUUCAGGCUCCAGCCGCGAUUCUGUGAUGUCCCAGUCCCACGUGCCUCACAAUCCUCAUUCCCAGAAGCUCCACCUGCCCCCUUCCCACGCCCCGCAGCAGAUGCACGGGCACCCCCGUGACAACUACGGCCAUCCCAACAAGAGGCAUUUCAGCAACACAGACAGGGGAGACUGGCAGAGAGAUCGAAAGUUCAACUACGGCGGCAACAGCAACCAGGUGUGGGGUGGGGAGCGGCACCACCAAUACGAGCAGCACUGGUACAAGGACCACCACUAUGGGGACCGGCGAUCUCGUGGAGACCCCCACCGAAGCUCUGGGAACUACAGACCAAAUAACCUCUCCCGCAAGAGGCCCUAUGAACAGUACAACAGUGACCGAGACCACAGAGGCCACCGAGAUUAUUAUGACAGGCACCACCACGACUCCAAGCGCCGACGAUCCGAUGAGUUCAGGCCUCAGAAUUACCACCAGCAGGAUUUCCGACGGAUGUCUGAUCACAGGCCACCCAUGGGAUACCAUGGCCAAGGACCUUCGGACCACUACCGGUCCUUUCACGCAGACAAAUCGGGAGAUUACAAACAGCCUCUCCCUCCACCUCACCCCGCAGUGUCGGACCCUCGCUCACCCCCGUCUCAGAAAUCUCCUCACGACUCCAAGUCGCCCCUCGAUCACAGGUCACCUCUGGAUAGGUCGUUAGAACAGAAAAACAAUCCAGAUUAUAACUGGAAUAUUCGGAAAACAUAAAGUGACCAAGGGGGGGAAGCGCACAUCUUGAAAUACUUGGUUUGAUGCAACAGCCAGAAACUCUGAACAUGCUGCUAUCAUCUUUGCUGGGUCAAGGAGGACUUUGGGGGAGCAGGUAGAAGACUCUCCCUCACUCUCAGUUCUGUUCUGGAUUCCCAUUUCUUUUCCCCCCUUUCUCCCAUUGAACGUUGGAACCAGACUUACUGCCUCAUUCUUUGCUUUGGUUUUGUUUCCUCCAGUCCAAUGGGCGCAAGGGAAUUUUCCCCAACCACAGUGUUUCCCCAAAACCAAGAAGGCGGAUUGCUGCUGCUUAGGAUUGUGCAGAAGGCCGUGUGCCUGCGCUGACUUGAUGUUACAUGACAGAUGCUGCUUUGGGAUUGGGGAUAACCUGGUUGGGCUGGGCUUUGUGUGUAACCAGCAUAGGCCACUGGGAGGACAUAUUCCAGGAGGGUCCCUCAGCAGCCAAGCUGUUGCUGUCACAGGGCUUGGUUGAAAGAGGGGCUCAAUGUCACUUCAGAGUGACUCCAAAGGAGUAGGAGCCUUGCUGGUGACAAUCCAUCACUUUUCUGUCCACAUUGUCAUUUCUUAUGUCUUUAACCAUUUCAAGAAACUGCUCUGACUGCCAUUGUGUCCCCUGCAGCAGACGUGGGGUGGGGGAUCCAGGGCUGGAACUGUCAAGUCUUGACUCUGGGAGUCUUUGGGAUAUGUGAAGAAAGACAGACUUCCUUAGCAAAAGCUAAGCUCACUUAUAAUGACUAGGAAAGAAACUGGGGUGAGAGCAGUAUUUACCAGUGGACAGGGCUCAGGAAUUGAUAACAAAACUCCUCUUCUCUUCUGACAUGGGCGGCUUGGAUGUCCAGGAAUUAACACAGAUGCUGGCUGGGAGCUGCAAGGUACCAGGACAAAAGAUGGCUCUAGGCAUCCGGGGACCUUGAAGCUCCUAACCUCCCUGCCACUGAAGUACUCUGGUUUCUGGGCAUUUCUCUCUGUGCUUCACAAAACAGUGAUCACAAACCUGUAGUACAACUGAAAGGUAAGGGGUGGUAGAGCAGAGUUAAAUGGGAAUCCAGAGACUAAUCUCUGUCCAGGGAAUUGUCACCAGUCACCUUCCUGCCACCGUUCAGCAGUAGCUCUGAAUUGCUGAGAGUAACAGCACUGCUACUGCUGUCUGCCUGAAUUGGAAAUGUACCUGGGAGCUUAGCACUUAAGUGAGCAGGGAGAAAAUGAGAAAUUCAGGACUAGGUACUUAAAAAUCCCUGGAGCACGUCUUAGAAGCCCAGCAUAGCAGAGGGAGAAGAGGGGUUUGCAGCCCAGCUCGGUGGGCUUCAGAGCAAACAUUCCUCCAAGUGUUCGAGUCACUGCAUAUGAUGCAGAACAGUGCCCGGCUGGUGGCAUGGUGUGAGUGGUUACACACAGGUUGCUGGCCAGAAGUCGAGUGGGUGAUUUCUUUUUAGGUUCGAGGCCUUGGGUACUAGAGUCACGUCUCUGCAGACUACAAAGCUCUCCCAACAGCUGGGCUGCCCAGAGCACGGUGUCUGGGGAUGCGUCAUCUCCUGGAGCUCAGUAUUAAAGAUCAGGCUGUUCCUGACCGCUCUUCUUGAUGGGGGGCAGAAGUUGGGGAUCCUGUUAAGAUGCCAGUAUAUGACCCUAAUAAGCUGUGAUGUCCUUUCCCUGAAAGACUGAGGGGUGUCGAGGGCUGGCUUCCCCACUCCAACCAGUACUUUGGAAGGCGCACACAAAUUGACACUAAUCCCCUGCCUCUCCCCUCUGCCCGGAGCUGAAGGAGUUGGGUCCCUUGAAGUCACAGCGUGCACACCCUGCUCAGAGCCCGCUGCUGUGUCCCACUGCGCCUUCAGAAGAGCGCCCAGCACCACCGUGAUGCUUUAGCAGGAGGCCACAACCCCGUGCUGCUGCGUGCUGGGCAAGCACCAGGCCUCUUGGGGCCAAGCUCAGCGUGGAUAUAGACAUCAAGUCAUGGCUCUGGGAUGCCAGAGUUUGUAUUUUAUUCUUCUUUUGCAAGACUUCACCAAACUCACCAGAAGCAGUUUUGCUUCUGUAGAGGGGGAACCAGCAUGGGCAGCGCUGCGCUGCCCCGAGUAAGUGUUAUGCUUGUGCUCAUCUGCGCAGGAGGCGAGGGCAAGUCUUCCACAGGGCCCCUGGGGCUGGCUGGGGGGAGGAGGUGUUGAGAUAGCAUGUUAACGCCGUGUAUUUCACUAAGCUGUGAUUGCAGGCGCGCUUGCUGUGGUAUUCAACAGAGGUCCUUUCUUUUCAGAGGUAUUAGCUUUUAAUGUGAAAAUGGAAGAAACCUCAGAGGGGCGAAGAGAAAUUGCUCUUUUCGUUCACAACGUGGUGCUAUCGUGAUGGAAAGUUUGUGCCAUACAAGUCGUAGCAAGAGGCAGUACUGGCCAGACCAGUGUUAUGGUUGGUGCAGGAAAACUGAACCCCAGUGGGAGGCAUUUUCUGUGUCCAUACACGAGGAGUUCUGCUUGUCCUGUGUUGCAGGGGUGAGGUGGUUUGGGGUUUCCUUCUUGAAACCAGUGCAACAGCAAAAACUUUGUCUAUAUCCAGCAAAGAGUGGUCCCCACUGUCACAUUGGCCUGAUACUGAACAGUCACCUAGUUUGGUUUGCUCACGGGGGUGGGUCUUCGCUGGGUUGGACUUUAAUAAAGCUGGAGAACUUGAUUUGGGGGAAAGUUCCUCCCCAAGCACACGCACGCGUGCACACGCAUUUUAUGUCCCAUCAGAAUAGGGACCACAACCAGACAUAGUCACUUGGGUGUGAAUGGGAUCGCAGGGGACAGGUCCACAGCCAAAAAUGUUACUGCAGUGUCUGUGUCAGCAUCUGGUACAGCUCUUCCUUCUGAGCCAGCUGCGGGGUUCCCUCUAGCCUCUUUGCAGGAGAAAGUAGCAAAAUGCUGUAGGUUUUUUGUUUGUUUCUUUGUUUAAAAGAAUUUUUCAGCCUGACCCCUUUGGAAAUGGUGUAAAGUUUUGAAUUCAGAUGAUGGAAAUCCUGCAGUCCAAAACCUGCUGCAGACAGGCGAUGCGGUGCCCAAGCAGGGUGGGUACUUAACAGCUCUUUGAAGCCCCUACGUGAACAGUUUAAGUGAUCCACACACAAAUACUAUUCUGCUUUCACUCAUUUCCUCCCGACCUCCACCUCCCCUCCGGGGAGAGAAGGACUCUUACUGUAAAAAUGUGGACUUUUAAACCUGUUGACUAAAAAAACAGUAAUUAAUAUUAAUUUAUAUUUGUGAAAAAAUGCCACUGUCCUAGUGAUUUCUGAUGUAAAUAUGUUGUUUAUAUAGUAUGUAUUAAAUUUUCCUACAUUGUAAAACUGCUGUACUUUUGAUUCUUGUAUAUUAAAAAGUGUUCC